UUCCAGUGAGGCGUUUGGUUGGAGCACUGUUGCAAUGUUCGUGAUCUGCCUCGGGUUCCUCUGCAUAGCUGCUGUGUUAUCCUUCCUCUUAUCAGAUCUUGGCGCUGAUGACGACGAUGAUAACGUCGGCGGUGGUGGGGACGUUGCCAAGGGAGAUACCAAGGGCAAGAACAGCAGUCAUCUGGCGGUGCCGGUCAAGAUCAUUGUCCCAGAAGGCCCGCCUCCGCCCUCCACAUCCGUACCACCUGUGUCAGCACCGGGAGGCAUUCCUCCGGCACCAGAAAUAAUGCCUCGGGUGCCAGAAACCAUUCCUCCAAAACAGCGAACCACUUCGCCUGGUCUGCCGACAGCAACACCGCGAACUACGCAACCGCAGUCAUCUACAGGUGUGCCGCCGCCGGUGCUGACGUCGGGGAUAUCGAGUACUCGAGGAUACUCGAGGAUAUAUGACGUCGAGGAUAUCGGGGGUUCGACAAAUGGCACGAGCAGAAGUCCUACGAUGAGGAGUACUACGACCACCAAGACCAAGACUGCAAGGACCACGACGAGCACUACUACGACUACUACAACCAAGACGACGACUACCAGGACUACUACGGCCAGGACUACUGCGACCAGGACUACUACGACCAGGACUUCUGCGACUACCAUGACUACUACGACUACCACGACUAGUACGACCACCACGACUACUUCGACCACCACGACUACUUCGACUACCACGACUACGACUACCACGACUACGACUACCACGACUACGACUACCACGACUACGACUACUACGACUACGACUACCACGACCACGACUACAACUAUCCCAAUUAUGACCAUCCCGACCUUGCCGACCAUCGCGACCAACGCGACUAUCGCGACCUCCUUGCCAAACUUGAAGGAAAUUAUGUGCACCGUGGGUCACUCUGCCGUCACGACGAGCAUGUACCCACCCGAUGGCAUCUGCAAAUACCUGUUCUAUGUCGACGUUGUCAUCGUGGACAGGAAGAUAGUAGCCUCAUUAGAGCAGGCCAGCUGGGAGCUAUUCCAAGUGAAAACCAUGAAAUAUAAGAAGGUCAAUUCGGGCUUUGCUUUGGACUACAGGUACAUCACAGUGAAGCGGAUAUUUCGUGCACGGAACGACCUCCAUAGGCUGGCACUGAAAAAGAUACAGAGCUACGGCUUACUGAAUAUAAUCAGGAAGCCCAACGAACUUCGGCGAGUUCUGCAGUCCCUGAAGUCAGUUAUAGCAGCACUCAAGGGAAUCCAAGGCAGCGCUCCUGAAAAGAGGACCGUGAUUGCAUUUGGAUCGUACGACUACAGUGGUUCGGGAUUUAUGAAGCAGUACAAGAAUAUUUUUGCAGAGGUGGUCAAUACAUUCGAGGCCGACACAGUCAUCGCUAUCUCGUCGGUCGGAUCAAUGGAGAACGAGGCCAACUGCUACGCCGCACCACCAAAUGUCUUCACCUCACCAAUGAGGAGGUUCCCAAGCCUGGAGACCCAUUGGCCGCUCAUACGCUCCAACGCGACGUACACCAGAGCCAGAACGUUGGUCGGCGUGUCGUUCGAGAUGGGGACCAUGAUCUACGUCCUCGAACAGGACGCCCGCAACUUGAAUGGCAGCGCUUACGCCAAGUGCACCAGCGUCGGCAUGACGAGUCGGGACGCGAUUUGCGGUCCAAGAAAAUCUGUUAGCAAAGAGGAGCAGUUCCUGCAGGAACCGUAUGUUAUAUAUGGCACAUUCAUCACCGAAAGCACGAAGCGGCACGUCGCCUUUGCCGAGUAUUACACCAGCGCUCGAGAGAAGGUCACUCUGGCACUGCGGAAGCUCGGCUCCCUGCGUAGACGAGCGGCACUGAUGCUCUUCAACGUGCACCUUGGGGAUGUAAAGAAGAAGUGCGGGGCGGACGCUUUCACCCUGAUAAAAUGGAUCUGCCAGGACUUCAAAGGCGUUAGAAGAUGCAACUGAACCGGCACCGCUUUGACCUGCACCUGGACGUCACACCUGGAGGUUUUGUUGUAAAAUCGCAAGAGUUGCCUUUACAAUGUUUUAAUGUCUUUCUCCCUGUGUGUUCUGCAACACCAACACCAGAUACUGUGCUACUUAAUGGAAUUACAGACACGCCAGUAUGGAAA